AUGUCCCUAAAAGUCCCUAAAGAUGACUCUAUGACAGAGGAGACCAAAAAUGAUCUGGAUGGUCCUGAAGAUAAAGGAGAUAAAGGCUCUGCUCCAAGUUGCAGCAGCAUAAGCAGCAUUGGAUCAGGAUCAAUUUCCAAAGUGGAGUUCCUAGAAGCCAGGAUCCAAUGGCAAGAAAAAAUAAUAAAGGAUCUUGAGCAAGAGCGCAAUUUCUUGCGUGAGCAAAUCAUGGGAAAGAAGAGAUCAUCUCAACCUAAAGUAUUUACUUUGGAGGACGACAACGAGGAUGAUGAUGGCAACAUGGAUGAAGAUGACGUCAUUCCCCAAUCUUCUCCAGACAUCAGUGAGUCCUCGGACAGUGAUGUUGUCAUCCAAAGAAGGAAGAAACGUCGGACACAGCCACCUGCAUCUGCAACUGUGGCUGUGCCUGGAAAAGCUCAUGUAAGAGUGAAAGGGCCAGCUGAGGUUAUCAGCAGAUAUAAAAAAAAGUCUUGAAAAGCUUAAGCAAAGUCCGCACCAUGACUGAAGCCUUCAGAAUCAAUGGCGUGGACCGGGGAACCAUCAAGAUGACUGCUGCAAUUGCAGAGCUCAACAUUGUGGAUCCUGUAACCUUCAACAACCUGAAGUAUGAUCCUGCAACUGAGACCCUGCAGUCCUUUGCUAAGAGGUGUGCAACGCACAUAACCUCUGAGAAGAAGAGCAUUAUAGAGGACAUGAAGGCCAAAGGUCAA